AUGUCGGAAAAAGAACUCUUUGUGAAAAAAGAUAUGAAAGUCAUCAAAAUGGUAGUAGUCGUGUCAGUACUGUUCAUUGCCUGCCUCGUUCCCCAGUCUACCAUCAACACGGCCAUUGAUUUUUACCGUGAGCUGGGCUACCCAGGGAAGUACCAGAACUUAAUGCUUCUGUUCUACAGCACGGCUUACCUGUCGGAGACCUCUAGGGACAAUAAGGAAGCAAAACUCCACCUUCCACCAAAACUCCACCUUCCACCAAAAACUGUACCCUCCACCAAAACUCCACCUUCCAUCAAAACUCCACCUUCCACCAAAACACUACCCUCCACCCAAACUCCACCUUCCACCAAAACUCCAUCUUCCACCAAAACUCCACCUUUCACCAAAACUCCACCUUCCACCAAAACUCCACCUUCCACCAAAACUCCAUCUUCCACCAAAACUCCACCUUUCACCAAAACUCCACCUUCCACCAAAACUCCACCUUUCACCAAAACUCCACCCUCCACCAAAAACUCUACCCUCCACCAAAACUCCACCUUCCACCAAAACUCCACCUUCCACCAAAAACACUACCCUCCACCAAAACUCCAUCCCACAUCAGCACUUCAUUUACAGCUCACAAUUUAA